CAUCCCACAGACACAAGUUCACUGAAAACCCCUCUUCUUUUAAAUUCCCUUUCUUUUUUCCCUAGAUUCCGUGAUUUCGAUUCAACACUCGAUGCGGUGACAAUUAUAGAUUUUGCCGGCAAAGUUUUUGUUUUUGCGAAGAAACAGGAAACGAUGUCGGUGUUCGACGCUGCUAUCGUCAACACGGAGCUUUCCAAACCGACGUCGAUCUUCGGUCUCCGGCUAUGGGUCGUCAUCGGAAUCUUACUCGGAUCUCUAAUCGUCAUCGCCCUCUUCCUCCUCUCCCUCUGCCUCACCUCCCGCCGCAAAAACCGCAAACCGCGAGCCGACUUCGCCUCCGCCGCCGUGGCAACGCCGCCGAUUUCGAAGGAGAUUAAGGAGAUCGUUCCGGCGCCGGCGGAGAUCCAGGUGGACAUAGGGAAGAUGGAGCACCGAGUGGUGUUCUCGGAUCGAGUGUCGAGCGGGGAGAGCAGAGGAACGGCGAGUGCGAGCGAGACGGCGUCGUAUUCGGGGAGCGGGAACGUGGGGCCGGAGGUGUCGCAUCUGGGAUGGGGGAGGUGGUAUACUCUGAGGGAGCUGGAGGCGGCGACGAAUGGGCUGUGUGAGGAGAAUGUGAUCGGAGAAGGCGGCUACGGGAUAGUGUAUCGUGGGGUGUUAACCGACGGUACUAAAGUCGCGGUCAAGAACUUGCUUAAUAACAGGGGACAGGCAGAGAAGGAAUUCAAAGUAGAAGUGGAAGUGAUUGGGCGUGUACGGCACAAGAAUCUCGUUAGGCUUUUAGGUUAUUGCGUUGAAGGUGCUUACAGGAUGCUGGUGUAUGACUUUGUGGAUAAUGGCAAUUUGGAGCAAUGGAUUCACGGUGAUGUUGGUGAUGUCAGUCCUCUAACGUGGGAUAUUCGUAUGAACAUUAUACUCGGGAUGGCUAAAGGAUUGGCGUAUCUACACGAGGGUCUUGAACCAAAAGUGGUACAUCGGGAUAUAAAAUCGGGGAAUAUAUUGCUUGAUCGCCAAUGGAAUGCUAAGGUUUCGGAUUUUGGACUUGCUAAGCUCUUGGGUUCCGACAGCAGUUAUGUGACCACCCGUGUCAUGGGAACCUUCGGUUAUGUAGCGCCGGAAUAUGCAUGCACCGGAAUGUUAAACGAGAAGAGUGACAUCUACAGCUUUGGAAUAUUAAUCAUGGAGAUCAUCACUGGUAGAAACCCUGUUGAUUAUAGUCGCCCUCAAGGAGAGACGAAUCUAGUGGACUGGCUGAAAACAAUGGUCGGAAACCGAAGAUCAGAAGAAGUAGUUGAUCCGAAAAUAGCAGAACCACCAUCCUCAAAGGCUCUUAAACGAGUGUUGCUAGUUGCUUUGCGUUGUGUGGAUCCUGAUGCAAACAAGAGACCUAAAAUGGGACAUAUCAUUCAUAUGCUUGAAGCUGAAGACUCACUCUAUCGCGAUGAACGCCGAACAACAAGGGACCAUGGAAGCCGCGAUAAGCAAGAGACAGCGGCUAGUGAAAGCGGGGAGAGCGGUUCACGGCAUCAUCAGCAAAAGCUAAGAUGAAAAAGGGAUCAUUUUAAGUGACUUUGCUUCUCACACACGACCACUUCCAUUUCAAUUGAUUCUUAUUAUUAUUAGUUUUGUGUCACAUUCACAUACAUAAAUAUUUUUCAUUCUUUGGCUCUUGAGUUACGUCUAAUUAACCUUU